UCCGUGGUUACUGAAUUUAGGAGCUGGAAGCUGGAUUCUGGAAUUUAAGAAAUAAUCUAAAUUUUAAUUAUAUUUUGAUUUGUAGUCAAUUAAAUAAACAUUAACAAUGCCUGAUCAUUUAGGAGAUGAUAUGCGAAAAUUAAAGGAUGAUAAAGAAGAACCAGAAAAGGAGAUUAAAUCGCUCGACGAAGCAGAUAUAGCACUUUUAAAGUCAUACGGUCAAGGACAAUACACAAAGAUAAUCAAAGAAGUUGAGGAUGGCAUUCAAACUGUGAUGAAGAGGGUCAAUGAACUCACUGGCAUCAAGGAAUCAGACACUGGCUUAGCGCCGCCUGCCCUGUGGGACUUGGCUGCGGAUAAACAGACUUUACAGAAUGAACAGCCUUUGCAGGUAGCAAGAUGCACAAAAAUCAUCAAUGCUGACUCAAAUGACCCCAAAUACAUAAUUAAUGUCAAACAGUUUGCCAAAUUUGUGGUUGACUUGGCAGAUUCUGUUGCACCCACAGAUAUAGAGGAAGGGAUGAGAGUAGGAGUUGACCGUAACAAGUACCAAAUCCACAUUCCUCUACCACCUAAAAUAGACCCCACAGUGACGAUGAUGCAAGUGGAAGAGAAGCCAGACGUCACAUACAGUGAUGUCGGAGGCUGCAAGGAACAAAUCGAGAAGUUGAGGGAGGUUGUUGAGACACCACUAUUGCAUCCUGAAAAGUUUGUAAAGCUGGGCAUUGAGCCUCCGAAAGGUGUCUUACUGUUCGGGCCACCGGGAACAGGCAAGACUCUGUGCGCGAGAGCUGUAGCGAACCGUACCGACGCCUGCUUCAUUAGAGUUAUUGGCUCGGAGCUGGUGCAGAAGUACGUGGGCGAAGGCGCGCGGAUGGUGCGCGAACUGUUCGAGAUGGCGCGCAGCAAGAAGGCCUGCCUCAUCUUCUUCGACGAGAUCGACGCCAUCGGCGGUGCGAGAUUUGACGACGGCGCCGGUGGAGACAACGAAGUGCAGAGAACCAUGUUGGAAUUGAUCAACCAGCUUGAUGGAUUCGACCCUCGGGGCAAUAUUAAGGUGCUUAUGGCCACGAAUCGGCCCGACACGCUGGACCCCGCGCUGAUGCGGCCCGGGCGGCUGGACCGCAAGGUGGAGUUCGGGCUGCCCGAGCUGGAGGGCCGCGCGCACAUCUUCCGCAUCCACGCGCGCGCCAUGAGCGUAGAGCGCGACAUCCGCUUCGACCUGCUCGCGCGCCUCUGCCCCAACUCCACGGGCGCGGAGAUCAGGUCUGUGUGCACGGAGGCGGGCAUGUUCGCGAUCCGCGCGCGCCGUAAGGUGGCCACCGAGAAGGACUUCCUCGAGGCAGUCAACAAGGUCAUCAAGUCGUACGCCAAGUUCUCCGCCACGCCGCGCUACAUGACCUACAACUGAAUGUAUUCAUGUAUUGGCGGUUUUUAUUAUGUAUUCUAAUAUCUGUGUAUUAAUAAAUAAAUUACUAUCAUAAUU